CUUGUCUUCCUAAUAUCGAUCAUGAUAGAUGGAAAAAGGAGUGCCGAAAUAGUUAAUGUCUACAAAGCAUGCCACGCGUUCACAGAGAGUACCUUCUUCUGUAGCUGUGGAAACAAAUUGAUCCAUGGACGACAAAUGGCAGGAAUAAAGAUCAGACGAGUUGCGGAGUCCAACCCACCCUUUUCGGAAAUACACUCUAUAAUGGCACGACGUUAUGGGAUCCAGACAUGUUAUUAAUAGCUUGUCAAGCAACAUGUCAAGAUUUCGCCAAAUUACGCAGUUCUCACUCAUCGCUCUUGCUUCCUUCGCCAAUGCACGGGGGACGCCUGUAAGAAGAAAUCCAGAUCACGGAGUUGCCAAACGAGCUGUCUGCACGCCAACUUCUGCAGGCGACGCAGGAACAGACGAUGUACCAGCCAUCGAAUCAGCUAUCGCAAGUUGCGGAAAUGGAGGAACAAUCGUCAUCCCAGCCGAAACAACAUACGCCCUUCGAUCAACCCUCUCCUUUGCCGGAUGCGCCAACUGCGACUUCCAAAUCGAGGGUACUCUCAAAGCCUCCGAUGAUCUAACAUACUGGGAAGGAAAGAAAGCAAUCUUCCUCAUGUCAGACAUCACAAGUGCCAAAGUCCACUCAGUUACUGGAACAGGUCUCGUGGAUGGAAACGGUCAAGCUGCAUAUGAUUACUUUGCGCAAAACAGCAGCUACGCACGACCAACUCUCUGGUACAUCACCGGCUCAAACUCCAUCACGAUCUCGAACCUCGAGUUCAGGAACGCACCCAACGUCUUCCAUUCCGCGGCAGGAAACUCCAAGAAUAUAGCUUACAGCGACAUCACCCUGAUCGCUGAAUCGAGCUCUUUCAACGUGCCCAAGAACACGGACGGCUGGGACAUCGGGCCAGCGACUUACGUGACAAUCACCAAUGCGGAUGUUAGCAACCAAGAUGAUUGCGUUGCGUUCAAACCCGGCGCAAGCUAUGUGUCCGUCAGCGGCAUCACUUGCACCGGCUCCCACGGAUUGUCUGUCGGAAGCCUGGGAGAAUCGGGCACAACCUUCGUUGAGAAUAUCUACGUUUACAACGCGACCAUGAUCUCCUCUACCAAGGCAGUAGGAAUCAAGCUCUACCCCGGCGGCUACGGAACAGCGACCGUCAGCAACGUAACCUGGGACACGGUCACGGUUACGGAUUGCGCGUACGCGGCCCAGAUCCAGAGCUGUUAUGGUCAGACGGCUGCUUAUUGUGCUGAGAAUCCAGGCUCGGGAACGAUCACUGAUGUUUAUUUUAAGAAUUUCAAGGGGACGACGAGUACGAGUUAUGAGCCGGUGGUAGCGAAUCUGGAUUGUCCGGCGGAUGGAAUUUGUGAUAUUUAUUUGAGCGGGUGGGAUGUUGCCCCGCCGAGUGGGACGGCGGAGUAUCUUUGUGCUAAUAUUGAUAGUUCGCCUGGUAUUACGUGUACGAGUGGUGCCUCUAGAUGA